GUACGUUGCUGGAGGCAUUGCAGUUGGGCGUCUACAACCAUAUACCGGGUGAUGGUCGGGAGUUUGUGGUGACGGACUCGAAAGCGAUGAAGAUAAGGGCUGAGGAUGGACGAUAUAUUAAUACGGUUGAUAUCAGCCCGUUUAUCUCCAACUUGCCUCUGGGUCGUGACACGACGCAGUUCUCAACAGAAGAUGCUAGUGGGAGUACCAGUCAAGCAGCUAAUAUAAUGGAGGCGUUGGAGGUUGGUGCAUCGACCUUCCUUAUUGAUGAGGAUACGAGUGCGACCAACUUCAUGAUAAGGGACGGUCGGAUGCAGCAACUAGUCUCGGCCGAUAAGGAGCCUAUCACGCCCUUCCUGUGGCGAGUCAGGACGUUGAGCGAUCGAGUGGGAGUAAGUACGGUUAUGGUCAUUGGUGGGUCGGGAGACUACUUCCAUGUGGCUGAUACUGUCGUGAUGAUGGACCAGUAUGUGCCUUAUGAUGUGACUAGUCGAGCCAAGCAGAUCGCGGCUGAUGACGAUGUGCAUCUUACUAUCCCUGAAGUUGAUGAUAAUAUCUUUACGGGCCUUCGUGGGAGGUGCCUCGAUCCUCAUACUUUACGGGCUGAUG